GGGGGUGGUGUGUGUGUGUGUGUGUGUGUGUGUGUGUGUGUGCAGUGGGGGUGGAUAGAGUGUGUUUAUACUGUUUUGAAGCUGUGUAGAAUAUGGAAUGCGUGGGUAGGUAUAUCAAUUUCAUAUGACGUGCGUUAUUAGCCUAUAUAUGUGCUGACACUGUACUAGUGCCAAGAAAUAAACAAACAUUUGCUCAAGAGGAACUAACAAAGAUGGCACAUUUUAGCUACAGAGCACUAGUCUGGAGUCACGUGAAAAUAAUCGAGGAAGUAGCAAAGGACCCCAACUCUCUAUCUGAUGCUCUGUUUCAGAAUGGCAUCAUAGCACAGGAGAUACGAGAUGAAAUGCAACUCGAUUGUGUAAGAGACACACAAAAGGCAAGGAAACUGGCCAUCUGCUUGGAGGAAAUAAUCAAGGCCUAUCCACAUCGAUAUGAGGACAUCAUAGAGAUCCUGAGAGAAGACUUUGGGGACCUGGUAGUUGCGUUAAAGAACAAAGAGGCAGAGAUACUACUAGCAGGAGACUUGUCUGAAACUCAAAGUCAAGCAACCAUAAUCUCGAACGAAUCAGAACAAGACGAUGAUUUGUGCAUAAGAUUAGAAUGUGGAUGCGGACAUUGUGAGAUAGAAGACUUCAUGCAAGGAGAAGAUUGUCCCUGCACAGGUUCAACAAAACUCAGCCUGUUCAAGAAUCAAUCAGAAAGAAUAGGCAAAACAGAAAUGACAUAUUCUGCAUACAGAGUUGCACUGCAGUGUCAAGCUGCUCACAUGCAUGCCAGUUAUAGAAGCUUCAUCUCAAACACGAUAAAUGAGCUAAAAAAGAAGCAUGCCCUACCAGUUAUUGCAAAGCGUUUGAAAGCUCUUUUGACUCCACAAGGCGCUACAAAGUCGUUAUACAGUCGCAUGUAUACUGGAGAUCAAAGGAAGAGACUUAGAGAUGUACGAACAUACAAAGAGCUCGAGGAAUACCUAGACACAGAGCUGUGCUCUUGGUUCAACAUCGAGGUGAUAAAAGGCUUAAGGACGGCACUAUCAAUUCAAGAAACAGACCAAAGUGUAAGAGUCUACGAAGAACUACAAAGACAAUACAUGGCAAGAUGCUGCAUCUAUCGCACUGUGGAUAGUCACUCCGAAAUUGUGUGCAAACUACCGACUGAUUUUAGGAUAGUAAAAGACAAGCAACUGAAAUAUUUUGAGUGCAAGCUUCGACAAACCAUCGAUAUUCCUGCAGAGUGCAAGCGAAGGGUGGAUGAAGCAAGUGGAGAGAUGGUGUUUGAAAUCAAGAGGUCUAACACUACAGCAAUAGCCAGAGUCAGAGAGGAACUGAUUGAGGACACACAACCUAUGCUUUCACUGGAUAACUCAAACCAGACAAGAUCAGGGAGCAUAUAUAAAUCAAACCGAAGAUGGGUACGUGCUAACCGGUGCCUGAUUUACAUCAUGUGCCUAAACAUUGGGUUUGUCCUGCCGACUAUGCUGUAUGUAAUUUUGAUAAUCAUUGGGUCCCCCACCGUGGUGUAUCUCUAUGGACAAGAUGUUGUUCUACUGGCUACAGAAUCUGAUUUUUAUAGUAUAUACUUCUUCAACGAGAUCACUCAACAAAACCAGUCACAAGUUGAUAUCUAUAUUGGGAAGCCCACCGUGUACAAUGAAUCGAUAUUCAAGCAAGGAAAUGUACAGCCUCAAUCAAGUGUUCUGGUUGACAGAGAAUACUUGACACUUGACUCCAUCCUGACAGUACAGCUUCAACCAGACAAUGUGAAUGAAACUAAUAAUUUUACGGCCACUAUAGUAAUAAAAAAUGUUCUAAAUGGAACAUAUGCCGAAAUAACUAUCACAAACACUUCAAAGUACACAUGGACAUUUAAUGAGUUCGACUACUACAAUAUUUGGAUACAGAGCUCCGUACAGCUCAACUACACCAUCACAGGAGAAGUGUAUCACUACAAUGCAAGUGAUCUCACCCUCGGCUGUUCAAUACCAGCAGAUCAAGACAGUUGCAGUCUAACACGGCAAGAAUUCGAAGCUUUAGACACUAAUGAGGUGUACAUAUUUGGAAUAGCAUCUACAACACGAGAUACGAUUACCAAGUUGAGCUACAAAAUUGCUGAUAUUGCAGUCAUUACUGGUAUCCAUAUGAUGUUUGCAGUGCACUUUGGGUUACUACUCAUAAUGCUUGUGUUAACGACCAUAAUAUGUACCACAAAGUUUCGUAAAACUCGGAUAUAUUAUUAAUAUAAGCUGUGUGUAGUUGUAGUUCAUGCAUAAUUAUGAUACUGUACAAUUAUCAUGGUUUUAUUGUCAAACAUGUAUCCUGUACGUAAUAAUGAUUAUUAUCAUGUAUCCCUGACCUUGA